GUGGGGCUUCGGCGGAGUUGUGGGAGGGGAGGAGGAAGAGCUGGAGGGGGGCGGGAGCCGGUCCCAGAAGAUGGCGGAGGCGGGGGAUUUCUGGUAGGUCCUCUUUUAGGAUAAGAUGCUGUAACUGUUGAAACACCAUUCUGCACUGAUUCAUAGACAGUUGGCUUUUCAGCUGGGAAGCCUUUUUCUCCCCACCUUGCUGGUUUACUGAACUGAUGAAACCAUGGCAGAAGGAGAGACAGAAUCACCUGGGCCCAAAAAGCGCGGCCCCUACAUUUCAUCUGUCACUAGCAGGAAUGUGAACUUGAUGAUUCGUGGAGUGGUACUAUUUUUUAUUGGAGUAUUUCUUGCCCUAGUGUUAAAUUUACUUCAGAUUCAGAGAAAUGUGACGCUCUUUCCACCUGACGUGAUCGCCAGCAUCUUUUCUUCAGCGUGGUGGGUACCGCCGUGCUGUGGCACAGCCUCAGCUGUGAUUGGGUUAUUAUACCCCUGCAUUGACAGGCAUCUAGGAGAACCACAUAAAUUUAAAAGAGAGUGGUCCAGUGUGAUGCGGUGCGUAGCCGUCUUUGUUGGUAUAAAUCAUGCCAGCGCUAAAGUGGAUUUUGAUAACAACAUACAGUUGUCUCUCACACUGGCUGCACUCUCCAUUGGACUAUGGUGGACGUUUGAUAGAUCUAGAAGUGGUUUUGGCCUUGGAGUAGGAAUUGCUUUCUUGGCAACCUUGGUCACUCAACUGCUAGUCUAUAAUGGUGUUUACCAAUACACAUCUCCAGAUUUUCUCUAUGUUCGUUCUUGGUUACCAUGUAUAUUUUUUGCUGGAGGCAUAACAAUGGGAAACAUUGGUCGACAACUGGCAAUGUAUGAAUGUAAAGUUAUCGCAGAAAAAUCUCAUCAGGAAUGAAGAAGGCAAAAAUGUAUCUUCUAUACAGAAAAACAGGAUGAAAAGGGCACGUAAAUGAUCGCUAUAUCAACAAAGCUUCGGACUGUAAAAUUGCCAGGAUGCAGUUUUUCCCUUGAUUGGUGUAUAUAUUUGUGUGUAUGUGUGUGUGUGUAUGUGUGUGUGUGUAAUCCAUACACACACACAUACACACACACUUCCACACAUAUACAUGCACAUACGCAUGUAUUAAUGCAAUCUGUGAUUGCUUCAUCUGUAAAUCAGUUACAAACCUUGAUGUAUUUGACUUAAAUAACUAUAAAAUAUAUGCACUACAUUAAACAGCGUGUUCAUUAAUAGAUGAAAUUUUUUAAUUAAUUUUUUAAACAUACCAUAUAUUGUAUCACAAUGUUGAUGUGCCAAAAUAUUCUGUUAUUGUCAUGCAGAGUAUAAGAAUGCUUGAACAGUUUAUAAACUUAGUGAAAUAAAAUAAGAGGAAAGCCAAAAAAAGAGAAAGAAAAAGAAAAAUGGAAAGCUGGUAUAUUCUCUUCUGCUUAUGUUGUGCCUUUUCAUUUUUCUAAUCGCAGCAGUAUGAGUUAUGGGUGCCCUGACGAAUGGCUAGUUUCUAUUUUAAUGUUGUCUCAGAGAGCUUGGGUGUUUUAAUUGGUAAUGAAAAUGAACUUCCAUAGAACAUUUUAAAACCUGCAUUACUAGAGAGCAUCCAAAAAGGAAUUCUGCUGGAGGUAAAAGUGAUGAGCAGGAGAGGGUUAUCAGCAUUAAAUAGUUUUAAGUCUAAGUCUGCAAGGCUAUAUGUAAUUAAAAGAAGGCACCAUUGGGAAAUUUAGCUAGAAUAAAUAUGUUAUAGAAAUACCAAAAUGACCUUUUGCAGUGCCACAAAGUGUGAAAUGAUGUUGUCAUUUGCAGUACAGUAACUCACUGCUUUUGCACAUGGAACACCCAAGAAACCCUAAACAGAUCAAAAUGAAGUUUCUAAUUCUCUUGGGUUCUGUAAUCUGUUGGGUUCUGUGAAGCAAACCACAUUAGCCUGGCUGGGUCACAUGACUGACGGUCAAUGGAAUGCCAUCUGGGGAAUGGAUGAGCAUAUCACUUUUUUUAUAUUCAUAUGUCCAUGAGUGCACAGUUCAAGCCUGUUCCAGAAUGUCCUGAGAUGGCAUAUACCAUGCAUGUUAAAGAUUUCAAUAGCAGUUUUGUGCAUAUCUUUCCAACAAUGGGAACCAUUUAAAUGUGGUUUAAACAUAUUUUUAGUUAACUUUUUCCUCAGUUUUUAUUUUUGAAAUUGAUGACAAUUGUCUGAUACACAGGGGUGGAACUUUCUCCUUACUUUGGGUUUGUGUGUGUGUCCGUGUGUGUGUGUGUGUGUGUGUGUGUGUGUGUGUGUGUGAUUGAGUGAGAGAGAAUGUACAUGUAGAAAUGUAUGUGCAUGUGCCCAUGCUCUCGUAAUGUGUCAACUAGAUACUGUUUAAUUUUGGGGUUUAAAACCAUUGCUGUCAGACUGAGAUCUCAUAUGCCAAACUUUAAUCUGCUUUUACAUUUUAUGGCUGAAAGUAUGAAGAUCCUAAAAGGAUUUCAUAUUGAAUAUAUGUAUACAAUCUUAACUAUAGUGGUGGUAAACAUACUACUAUAAUUUAUUAUUCUAUCUUCCAGAUAAUGUUAUUCAUUUAGAACAAAUAAGGUAUAUUUUUAGAAUCAACUUUGUAAGCACUAUAAAUCUUUAAUAAGUUAUAAGGUCUAUGAUGUGUUUACUUUGAAAAUUGCUGUUAAAAGCAAGAUGUAUUAAAUACAUAAUUAUCA